UAAUUACGCAACCGAAGACAAAACGGUGGCGUUUUGUAGAGAAAGCCUCAUUUGUCUUUACUAUUUUGGGUGGUACCCAUUCUAAAACCCACACACCCUAAAACCCUGACCCGCUCCGACGCCUCUUCAGUUAUGAAGACGAACAAAGCGACGGUUUUGACGUUUGCUGAGAAAUGCAAGAGUAUAUUGUCUUCGAAUUGGCAAGGGCAGCUCAAUACCGUCAAGGCUGAUGCUAAAGGAAGCAAGGAGGACAUUUACACAUCGAAGAUCAAGUACAUAUGCAAAAGAGGGAAGCCUUACAUUUGGGUACCAGAGAAUGAGUUGCAUAAUGUGAACUUAAUUGUUGAUGAACGGAGUUCUUUUUCUGUGGCUAAUCCCAUCCCAGGGCCACUGGCAAGUUUACUUAGAUCAAUAAAGAAGUUACCAGCUCGAGUUGCUCUGACUGGAGAUGUUGUAUCUUUAACAGAUGAAAAGGCUCAGUCUGCAACAAAAGUCCUUAGAGAAGACAUGCUAUCGGAACAGACAGCAAUCAGCACGUCUAGUUAUACAGUUUCAGGUGUAUUAAGUUCUUCUGACCAUAGUCGUACAUCGCGGAGUGAAAACCUUAAGGAUCUCUUGGAAGGGGAUGAAAAGUACAUAGUUUAUAAGUUCAACCAAAGAUCAUGCAUGUACAUUGAUGGCAAUGGAAGCACUCAUGACAUUGACCAAGAAGAUAUAGGUGGAUCUAAAGCAGAUCCGUUAGCUCCUUUAUCUGCUAAACUUAUUGAUGGGAUAAAUCAGAGUGUAGCAAGACGCAGAGCCCUGAUGCUUUUUUGUUUGACAUACAAGAAUGUCAAUGCUAAGGAUGCAUACAUGCUGUCUGUCGAUCGCAAGGGAUUUGACAUAUUGAGCAAGGUUGCCGGUCCGUUGUUGAAGGAUGGCAUUGGUCAGUACCAGUGGAAGGAGUUUAGAUUUACUUUGAAGGAAGAGGCACGUGAUGUUGAAUCAUUCUGCAGUCAACUAGUAGAAAUGGAAGAGGAUGCUGUUAAGGAGGUUUCAAGCCAUAGUGGUUUAGCAUGACAAGGUUUAAUGGCUGUUCUAUAUCACUCCAGCAUUUUUUUCUUUCUUUUUCAUUUCGACAUAUUAUAUGGAAAGAAUUCUUUGAUUUUUCUUUAUGCAAUCUAUUUUAAGCUCGA